AUGGCUCCAGGUGUCUCCCCAGCAGACCAGCCGGGCUUCGGCGCGUCGCUAUUGGCUGGUGGGGUAGCAGGUGUCUCUGUUGACUUGAUAUUAUUUCCUUUGGAUACCAUAAAAACUAGACUUCAGAGUCCCCAAGGAUUUAAAAAGGCUGGUGGUUUCCGUGGAAUCUACGCUGGGGUUCCUUCUGCGGCUGUUGGAUCCUUUCCUAAUGCUGCUGCAUUUUUUAUCACCUAUGAACAUGCAAAAUUUUUAUUGAGAACUGAUUCCUCGUCCUACUUGGUCCCCAUCACUCACAUGUUGGCUGCCUCUGCUGGAGAAGUGGUGGCCUGUUUAAUCCGUGUUCCUUCAGAAGUUGUAAAACAGAGGGCACAGGUAUCUGCUGCUUCUGGGACAUUUCAGAUUUUUUCUAACAUCCUGUAUCAAGAGGGCAUCCAAGGAUUGUAUCGAGGUUAUAAAAGCACUGUUUUAAGAGAGAUUCCUUUCUCUCUUGUGCAGUUUCCUCUGUGGGAGUCCUUAAAAGCCCUCUGGUCACGGAAGCAGGACCAUGUGGUCGACUCUUGGCAAUCAGCAGCUUGUGGAGCUUUUGCAGGUGGAUUUGCAGCUGUAGUCACUACACCUCUAGACGUGGCCAAGACGAGAAUUAUGUUAGCAAAGGCGGGUUCUGACACUGCCAGUGGAAAUGUGCUGUCUGCCCUGCUUGAGGUCUGGAAGACACAAGGGAUCUCUGGAUUGUUCGCAGGCGUUUUCCCUCGAAUGGCGGCGAUCAGCGCGGGAGGCUUCAUCUUUCUCGGGGCUUACGACCAGACGCGCCGUUUGCUGUCCUAACUCGGCGGAGCAGCCCCCCUCCGACCCGGCACUUCUCAAGCCCGGAGGCGCCUCCGUCCUGUCCCCACCAAGCCCAUCCCACCUCCCUCCUUUGGGGUGCACAGCUGCCGCGCCCCGGCUGACAGAGCACCCUUCGUGGAGUCUGAAAAGACAGUUUUGGUCAAAAUGACCCCAAAAGCAGCCUGGCAUGGGGUGGCCAAGAAGAGACGGGAAGCCUGUCACCGGCCAGCCUGGGAAGGAGCCCUCCCGAUUUGCCUGCAAGUUGGGCAGAAUUAUUUCCUGUGUCCC